GGCCACACUUUUGCGAAUACGGUCCCACCUUGAGUAAUAUCCGAAUUACUAAUAACAAAGGCUUGCAGCCGCCUACAGCUGCGGAAAAAGGACCAGCAGGAAGCCAAAUCGCUGCCACACGCCCACAGCCACCGCACAAAUGCCGAAGAAUGGCGAUGCCGGUAACCGGAGCGGUUCCGGGACAACCAGCGACGGCUGCAUCUAUCCGGACGACGUCAUAAUGGGCGUGGGUGUUGCAUUCAACGUUCGGUACACGGGAUGCGUUGAGGUCAAGACCUCAAUGAAAUCCCUGGACUUCGAGACCCGUACGCAGCUGGCGCGAGAGUGCAUCAAUCGAGUUUGCGAGGCGGCCGGUUUAAAGUCUGCUGGCAAGCGGAGACUAACCAACUUCAUAUCGGAUCGACCCAGCAUGCAGCACGCCGGCACCAACAUCAUUAUUAAUGUAUCGAGCCGAGCUCUGUCGCUGAGCAACGUGGAAACGGGCGAGGUUAUAGCCAAUCACAAUAUGCCGCGCAUAUCGUUCGCCUCCGGCGGUGACAAUGACACCCUCGACUUCCUCGCAUACAUAGCCAAGAACGAGGAUGAAUGGCGGGCGUGUUAUGUCCUGGAAUGCGCUGGCGGCCAAAGCGAGGAUCUAAUAGUGACCAUUGGCAAGGCUUUUGCCUUGCGCUUCAACGCUCUAAGUAGGCUCAAUGAUCCCUCGGCGGAUUGCAACAUCAAUCAAAGCUGCAAGGAGAAUGUGAAGGAGUACUACAACGAUUUGCCAAACAAGCUGCCACCAGAAGUGCCGGAACCACAACAACAGCAGGUGCAGCAGCCUCUACAUCCGCAUGCGCCUCGUGUGGCACAACUGAAUCUGAAGAAGCCUCGCGAUCGCCUGAGCAGCAACCUCAUCGACCUCAACUCCCCGCCUCCCGAUCAGACGACCAAUAAGUUAGGUCACUUUGAUCCUCUCCAAGUGACCACAGCCGCCAAUUCUGUUUUGCCCUCUGUUCGCGAUGUGUUCGACGGACCGCAAUGCCCGCUCACAGCGGAGGUGUGGUUCCAUGCGGGCAUAUCCAGACCAAUAUCGGAGCGCUUGCUGCAGCAGGACGGCGACUUUCUGGUGCGCGAGUCACAGGGAAAGCGGGGCCAGUACGUACUAACCGGAUUAGAGGGCAAGACGCCCAAGCAUCUGCUUCUCAUCGAUCCCGAGGGCGUGGUCCGAACCAAAGAUCGCAUCUUCGACAGCAUUAGCCAUCUGAUCAACUACCACUGGGCACACGCGCUGCCCAUCAUUUCGGAGGAUUCCGAGCUGGUCUUGCGUAAUCCGGUGCGAAGACCACAGCAGGAUCAGGCUGCGUCGCCCAUUACAUCAGCAUCUUCCUGAACCGGAGGGCACAAUCAUACGUAUAGCUACCAUCCAUCAUAUACAUAACAAAUAAUUAUAUAUACUGGCAUCAGCGUACACGAUUAGAUUUAAAUAUUGUGCACUCGUAGAAUAUCUUUUAUAUAUCGUCUGUAUAAAAACGAACCCAUAUAUUUAUGGAUUGAAUAUAAACAUAUUUACAAAUA